AUGCCUCCGCGGCGCUCCAGCGCCGCCUCGGCCGCCGGCGCUCUCAGUAAGUCGCGGGCCGCGAUGGCGCGAGUGCGGCUGCUGGCGCUGGCGGUGGGCGUGGCGGCCGCGGCGGGCCGCGCGCGCGGCUGCGAGCCACUGGCCAUCGACAUGUGCCGCGGCAUCGGCUACAACCACACGGGGCUGUCGGCGCUCGCGCAGAAGGAGGCCGAGUUCAUGCUGCAGUCGUUCAACCCGCUGGUGCAGUACGGCUGCUCGGCGCAGCUGCAGCUGCUGCUGUGCGCCGUGUUCGCGCCCAUGUGCACCGACAAGGUGGCGGCGCCCAUCGGGCCGUGCCGCGGCCUCUGCCACGCGGUGCGCCGCCGCUGCCUGCCCGUGCUGCAGGGCUUCGGCUUCCCCUGGCCCGCGUCGCUCAACUGCUCGCUCUUCCCGGCCGACAACAACCACGAGACCAUGUGCAUGGAGGGCCCCGGCGAGGACGAGCCGCCGCCGCCCGCCGCCGACGGCCCUCCCGGCGUGCCGUCGCGCUGCCAGCCGGCGUGCGACGCGGACGUGGCGUGGGCGGCGGCCGAGAAGCGGCUGGCCGAGGCGUGGGCCACCGGCUGGGCGGCGGUGGGCUUCGCCGCGUCGCUGGGGGCGGCGCUGACGCUGGUGGGCGGUGGGGGCGGCGGCCGCGGCCGGCAGGGCGGGGGCGGCGCCGGCUCCUCGGGGGCGGCGUCGGCGCGCUCGCCGCCGGCCGUCGCCUUCCUGGCGCUGUCGCACAACCUGUGCGCUGUCGGCUGGGCGGUGCGGGCGGCGGCGGGGCGGCGCGCCGUCGCCUGCAGCGCCGCCCACGCGCUGCUCAUGACGCGCGACGGGCUGGCCAACGCCAACUGCGCCGUCGUCUUCCUGCUCCUCUACUACUUCGGCACCGCCGCCUCCGUCUGGUGGGUGGUGCUGUGCCUGUCGUGGUUCCUGUCGGCGGGCGGCGGCUGGUCGGCGGAGCGCGUGCAGCAGCAGUCGUCGCUCUUCCACCUGGCGGGCUGGGGGCUGCCCGCCGUCUGCACCGUCGCCGUGCUCGUCCUCAGGCACGUCGACGCCGACGAGCUGACAGGGUCGUGCUACGUGGGCAACCACAGCGCGCGCUCGCUGCUGGUGUUCGUGGUGGUGCCGCAGCUGGCGUGGCUGUGCGCCGGCGGCGCCCUGCUCGCCGCUGGCUGGCUGGGCUGCCGCAGGCGCCGGGGCGCCGCCGCCAGGAUGCGAACCCUGGGCCCGGACGCCAAGCUCAACCAGGGUGAGCUGUGCCGCCUGGGGGCGCUGGCCGGGGCGUGCGCGGUGCCCGCGGCGCUGAGCCUGGUGGCGCUGCUGGUGGAGUACGGGGCGCGCCGCCCCCACGAGGCGGGGGCGACGCCGCUGUGGGCGCCGCUGCUGCGGCUGGCGGCGGGGCAGGCGGGCGCCGUGGCCGUGGCCGGCUGGGUGUGGCUGUGCUCGCCGCCGCCCUGCCGCUCGCUGCGCGCCUGGCGCCGCCUCCAGCCGUGCAAGCAGCCGCCGCCCGCCUCCGCCGCCCCCGCGCCGCCGACGCACCCGCCGCCGCUCUACUACCAGCCGGCGGCGCUGGCCCGGCCGCCCUACCAGCACGCUGCGCCCUCCACCACCGCGCAGCUGGUGCACCUGCAGCACAGCGCCGCCCACGCCUCCCAGCCGCUGCUGCCCGCCACCCUGGGCCAGCACCAGCCGCUGCUGCUGCCCGCCGGCCCCGCCGCCCACGUCCACGGCGGCCACAAGCCGGCGCGCAAGCACCGCUCUUCCAAACACACCAAGCACGGCAGUGAGACCACUGUCUGA